AUGGUGACACAAAGAGACAGGGUGCAAGUGAGCCAGGAAUUUUUGUCAUGUGGCAGUGCUCACUGCUCAGUGGAGUCCGAGUGCAUCAUUCCGUGGCGCACUCGUUUAGAUCAUAUGACUAUGGCUGAUGUUAUUCAUAACGAAUGUUGGGAUUUCAAUACUCAUAAUGGCCUCCUUGGCAACAACAUCAGUGAGCACUGGAAUGGAUGGACAAAAUUAUGGACCCUCAAAAAUGGCCCCCGGGUCAAGUAUUUCAUCUGGCUAAUUUUUAUGGAUAAAUUUGCAAAUGGGUCGUGGCUCACCUGCUACAAUUAUUCUCAUUUUGUUGUCUCUCUCAUUGCAACAUGUGCUUGGUUUCAUUGGAAGAACAGGUGUGAUGUAAUUUUCAGGAAUGUGCAAUUAAGCAGUUACAAUGCUGUGUGUAAGGCUCUGGCCCAUGUUAAUGAUUUUACUAUCUGUAACAAGAACUUUCAUGGCUGGAAUCUUAUAUGCAACAACUUUUCCUGGGCUGAUGGUCCAUUCUUGUUUAUGGUGUUUCUCUGGCUCUGCAAACGACGUCUUCAAACAAGAUCUGAUUACUCUGGACGCAGCAUUACAAUCUACCUGGGAAAAGAACAUUCCGAUCAAGCAUAUCUUCACCAACAGCAAUGUCAUCAAUCGUGCUUUAACGGACACUCAUCCAUCAAUUUCUUGGCGGUUCACCGAUAUUAUCUUCAACACCAGAUUUCUUUUGAAUAUGAAUGGCAAUCCAUCACUCCACCUCACACCUUCAUAUUGGAUGGGCCCUGUGAUCAACCUUGCUAACAUCAGCCUUAAUUAUCAAGCAUUAAAUCUAUUUCUUUCUGGUCGUGAGCUUCCAUAUUGGAUUAUGAAAAACUUUAAUGUUGUUGGUUUCCAUUUCCUCUAUUAGCUUCUGUUCCUAUUAGCUUAUGUUCCUCCAGUGCAUCUUUGUUUCCUUUCUCUGUUUCUAGUAUAUCUUUAAUUUGUUUUC